GACUUUGUAUUUGUAGUGGUGGAGUGCAAGCCACAGCUUAAUAGUGUUGUAAAGUGGUUUUUUUUUUCUUGUGUGUGGCAUUUGCUCAUUUUUUUGACAAUAUAGAUUUUGUUUAAAAAAAAAAAAAAAAAAAUGGGCAGCAAAGAGAAUUCAUCGUCGACAACAACGAAAACAACAACUGUAAAUACAAAAACAUAUGGUAAAAUAUUGUUAACACUACAAAAUUGUCUUUUACCUGAGGAAAAAUUAGUAUCGACGCCUUCACAUUUGGAUGGUCUUGACGCGGAAACAGAAACUGAACUUCGCAUAUUAGGAUGUGAACUUAUUCAAACCGCUGGAAUUUUAUUAAAAUUGCCACAGGUUGCAAUGGCUACGGGUCAAGUGAUAUUUCAACGUUUCUACUACAGCAAAUCUUUAGUGAGACAUAAUAUGGAAAUCACGGCCAUGGGUUGCGUUUGUCUAGCUAGUAAAAUCGAAGAAGCUCCAAGGAGAAUAAGAGACGUUAUUAAUGUAUUUAAUCACAUUAAACAAGUUUCCAGUCAAAAACCAAUUCAACCAGUUAUUCUCGAUCAAAAUUAUGUAGGCUUGAAAAAUCAAGUAAUCAAAUCGGAGCGACGUGUUUUAAAAGAACUUGGAUUUUGUGUACAUGUGAAACAUCCACAUAAAAUUAUUGUCAUGUAUCUUCAAGUAUUGGGUUAUGAAAAAAAUAAAGGAUUAAUGCAACAAAGUUGGAAUUAUAUGAAUGAUUCAUUACGUUCGGAUGUAUUUUUGAGGCAUCAUCCAGAAACAGUUGCAAGUGCAUGCAUUUAUUUGGCGGCUCGUCAACUUCAAUUAUCAUUACCAUCAACGCCAGCGUGGUUUUCUGUUUUUAAAGUUAAAGAGAAAGACAUAAGAGACGUUUGCCGACGUAUAUUACGUCUUUAUGUUCGUCCACGCAUUAAACCAGAACAAUUGGAGAAAAAAGUCGAGGAACUUAAACGACAAUAUGAAGAAGCACGAUCAAAAGCUCGCGGGACAGAUGCUGAUGGUCACACGCCAAGUCCUCCACUUCCAAAACAUCAUAAUGCUUGGGGUGGUUUUAUUAGUCGAAGUGGAUCCCACGCUAUUCCAGAGAGAACGAAAUCUCCAAGGAGAUCGAAAUCUACUAGUCCUUCACCAAUGCGCGACGUUGUGAAACAUUCGAAACGAAAGAAGCACAGCAGAAGUCGAUCUCGAAGUCACAGUCGUUCGCACAAACCAAAAAAAUCACAACGACGACGAUCGAGUAGUCAUAAAUCGCGAAACAGAUACAGAUCACGAAGUAGAUCCAGGGAUCGAGAUUUUGAAAAAUCAAGUAAACAUCGCAGUAAACAUAGACGUCACUGAUGAUGUUACCAUUAAAUCAACAAAUUCUUAGGUACAUGUAAAUGUUUAUUUAAAAAAAAAAAGAAAAAAAAAAUCACAUUUUUUUUUUUUUUUGUUGCAUUUCUGAAACUGGUCAACAUCGAUUUAAAAAAAAAAAAAAAAAAAACAAUGAAAUAGUAAUGUAUAUUUUUAUAUUGACAUGACUUAAAUAUCAUUCAUUUAUUCAUUACAAAUUAUGUAAUUCAAUGUAACAAUUAUUUUUCAAAUAAUUUGGAAAAAAAUACAAAAAUUACAAUUUCUCUUUUAAUAUUUAAUUGUGAAAUUGUUUAUGUUCGAAUAUUUCAAUAGAAUUUUUUUUACUUGAUUGUAUUUAAUAUCAAAAUACAUAUGUGUAAAUAAUGAUUGAGAUGAUUGCCAGUUUCUUAAAAAAAAAAAAAAAAAAAAGAAAAUGAUGUGAAAAGAAAACAUUUGCACACCAGUGUAUAAUAAAUUUUCACUUCUGUACAAAAAUAUUUUUACAAAACUAUAUAAUAAAAUUGUGUGUCCGUUUAA